AUGACACUCGUGUCCCAGAACGAUCUGGCAGAACUGCCUACGCCGGACAUGAUAACCCUUCUCUUCAAGUGCCACAAGUCCACAACCGCGCUAUCUGUUUUACCAACCCGACCGUUCACGGAAAUAAAAGCUCUCCUGCUCGCAGCCCUUGAAUCACGCAACGUGAAGACAUUGCCAGACUCCAGCGCGCCCCUCCCAAACGACCCAGAAGAGUUGGAAUUUGGCGUGUUAGCAGACAAAAAAGAUCCGAGUAAAGGUUGGAUUCUCUUGGAUGUCAAGGAGCAAGAGAUCACAGGUCCUAAAGACAAUAAAAAGAAAGCUGGCGGAAAGCAAUCCAUUUUCAAUCAGAACCCGCUUGGGGCUGGUCUAGGCGAUGGAGCCUGGAUAGCAUACCGAGCAAAGGUGAAGCAGAAAGAACCACAAAUGGAAGAAGAAGAUCACGAAGGUGGUACUCCAGACAUCCAGAUAGACGAGGAUCCUGGAUUCGAUGUGAUAAUUCCAAGUUUCGAGGACGAGACUGAUUGA